AUGCGAGACUUGUUAUUCACUCUGCAUUCUCGGCGAACUCGCUUUCCAUUCGCCGCCUCCUUUUCGGCUCCCUCGCCGGAUGUACUCCUCUCCAAAAUAACUGAGAGAAUCGACACAGUAAGAUCCCGUACAAAUGAAAGCCUGGGAGUUCGGGCUGCGCAGAUUUCGGACAGCCGUCUUCGUAUCCUGGGCAUCUUCACCGGCCAGGGCGCCCAAUGGGCACGGAUGGGCGCCGAGUUUAUUUCCAGCUCGCCGGCGGCCAGGAAGAUUAUUGAUAGGCUAGAUGGUCGACUGGCCCGUCUCCGUCAUCCCCCGUCCUGGACUAUGGCGGCAGAGCUCGCCAAAGACGCCACUUCCUCCCGGAUUGGCGAUGCUACCUUAUCCCAGCCACUCACUCUAUCCGUGCAGAUCCUCCUUGUCGAUAUUUUUGAGGCCGCCGGAGUCAGAUUCACUGCUAUUAUGGUUCAUUCAUCCGGCAAGAUCGCAGCUGCCUACGCUGCAAAGCGCAUCUCGGCUGACGAUGCCAUCUGCAUGUCGUAUUAUCGUGGAUUAAGCGUGGCCUUUUCCACGCAACACCAAGUUAGAGAUGGUGCCAUGUUGGCCGUGGGAACGAGCCAAGACGACAAGGAAGAGCUUCUUGAAGAACCAGAGUUUAAAGACCGUGCCUGGAUCGCGGCCGUCAAUUCAUCCUCCAGUAUUACCAUAUCCGGCGAUUCGGACGCUAUUCAUCAGAUACAGGCUGUGCUGCAGGAUGAGAAGAAAUUUACUAGGCGCCUCAAGGCUGACAGGGCGUAUCAUUCACCGCAUAUGCUCUCCUACUCAUCAGAAUACACAGCCUAUCAGAAGAAUAUGAGCAUUCAAGUAAAUCCGGCGUCUCGAACCGAGUGGUUCUCCAGUGUUUCCGGGGAACACAACUCUGCCCUCCACGAUGAGUUGAAAGGGCCUUACUGGAUUGGCAACUUGAUCAAUCCGGUACUCUUCAAACAGGCCGUGGAAAAGGCUUGGAGCGACAGCGGCCCGUUUGACAUGGCAGUCGAGAUAGGGCCGCAUCCGGCCUUGAAAGCCCCCGUUCAGCAAGUAAUCCAGGACAUUACGGGCCAGUCUCUGGCCGACGGAAUGGGCUCUAUUGCUAGUCAUGUCGGUAGAGGUUCCGUCAAUCUCCAGGCCUAUGAAGCUUUCCUUUCCGACCAUGCAACAUUCCACACGCUGCAGGGUCUUCCCCCUUACUCUUGGGACCACAGCAAGGAAUACUGGCACGAGUCACGAUACGCCCGGGCCCUUUCCCAUCGAUCCGACAAGGCACAUGAACUCCUCGGUCAUCUGACCCCUGAUUCGUCGGAUCGGGAGAUGCGAUGGAGGCAUUCCAUUUGCCCCAAAGAGGUGCCAUGGCUAUCGGGACACCGUGUUCAAGGCCAGACGGUAUAUCCGGGGGAUGCAUUCAUCGUCACUGUCGUGGAAGCAUGCUUGAAACUCACGGGAGAACAACCAGUCUCACUGAUCGAGGUGCUCGACAUUGUCAUGGGUCAGGCCCUGACUUUAGACGACGACGCCCCUGUAGAAGUUGUCUUUACUCUGUCCGAUAUUGAAAAGCAGCAAGAGUCGUCUUGCAUCAUGGGAACAUUUAAUUGCAGUGCCGCCAAAGGUAAACUCGACACGUUGCUUGAUUCCCUUGCACAUGGCCAGUUUCGCAUCCUCCUUGGUACUGCCUCGAGCACCGCACUGCCAGGGGGCAGCUCUCAGCCCACCAGCCUCGUUGAUGUCGACUCUGGGGAUUUGUAUGCUUCUUUGGACCACUUGGAUUAUGAGUUCUCGGGUCCCUUCAGAGUCCUGUCGGGUCUCAGGCGAAAGCCGGGCUUAUCAACUGGAUUCCUUCCGGGGAACAAUACAUUGUCUAUGCUAGUUCAUCCUGCCAUGCUGGACGCCUUAUUCCAGUCUAUUGUAUUGGCUGCCAGUGCCCCAAAUGACGGAAGAAUGUGUGCGGCACACAUACCAAAUCAUAUUGACACAAUCAGAGUUAACUCUCAUUUGCGUGAUGCCUAG